AUGCCAACAUCACGUGAUUCCUCAAUGGAGACCCCAGACAGGUACACGUUUGGAUAUUCCAACGAACUGGCAAGAACCGAACCAUCGGCAUCAACAGCAAAACGAUUGAGGCAACGUUUGCAGCGGCAGCAGAGCGGGCAGUCAGGAUUGUCAGGGAGAAGAUACACUGGAGAGAGUAGCGAGUGUUCUUCUCUAGUUGGCACACCGACCGAUACCGGUAGAUCAUUUACAUUUGGCGCUGCACAGCGAGUAAUGAGAGAAAGGGACGAUAGGAAGCCAUCUGUAACACAGAAUCUUUCGGAAAUCAUGCUUGAGGCAAUUCACUAUGAAGAUGUAAACCUUGUUGAAAGACUUCUGACAGCUCACAAUUCCAAACAGCCAAUGUCAACUUCUCCAUCAAUUGGGAGCACCAACACAUUGACAGAAUUAGCCCAACGGCGACACGGAGCCGGUGCUCAUCGAAGGUCAAAUGCAAGUAGCACUGUUUCAACACAUUCCGGUGGACGAUCGACUUGCGCAAUGAUGAAUACACUUCAUAUGGCUGUUGCUCAUAAGCAGCGCGACAUCGUCGAGCUUUUACUCAAAAAUGGCUAUGAUCCAAAUGCGCCGGCGAGUUGUCACUGUAAAGGAAAUUGUACGGCCACUGGCAAUAUUCCAUUGACUUCCAUAAUUCCAAGAACCCACUCAAUGACACCGGAGCUCUGUUCAACAUGCUCUCAGCUUCGCGUGGUUUCAAUCGUUGAUCAAACUCCUCUAGGAGUAGCAGUUCGCUCUCAGAGUAGCGAAAUUAUUGCACUUCUUAUUGCUUACGGUGCAGACGUAAAUCUCGGAGAUGAAGAUGGAAACACCCCACUUAUGCUGGCGGUACGGGAAUCGCCCUUAUCAUGGCCCUGCUUACACACGCUUAUUUUUUUCGGAGCACAAAUUGAGCAGAAAAACAUGCGAGGAAUAUGUCCGCUCGAUUUGGCUCCAGAGCUCAAGAAACUUCAGCAAACCUGCGUUGAAGAGUUAUUCAAGAGUGCCUGCUCCGGCGAAAGUGAGCCACCGUCCCGAUCAACACCAGGUCCAAUGACAAAACAAUGGAAUCGUCUUCAAGUUGACAACGUUUCACAAGGUGAACGUUCGCUAUCAAAAGCACCACUGAGUCCACGACCGUCGGCCGCAGCUUCUGUGUCGACGUGCAGUAUGCUGGAAACGUCGUCCGCUAAGGAAUCGGCGCGACGAAAAUCGCUUGUUUCACUUCAGCUUCAUCGAAAGACCAAAAAUGCAAAGGAAUAUCCCGUCAUUGACUGUGUUAGUUGGGAACAAGCAUGGGAAUUACUCAAAAAAAUGGCGUGUAAUCCGGAAUGUCUCGAUAAUAUUGUGAAUUCCUUGUCGAAAUUCUCUGCGCAAAUGGAAAAUACACCGUCAAGUGUGGAUCGCGAUCAAUUCGAUGGCCAUAUGGGAGGUCUUCUACAUAAAAUGAUACAUACGGCUAUUGAAGAAUAUGAGUCGUCUACACCAACGUACAAAAAGCAGAAGAAACUGCACCUUACGUGGCUUCUCAGUCAAAUCGCAACAUUUUGUUUCACUUUUUUACAAAAAAGCGGUACGAGUCGACAAUUUUCUGCACUAAACACCCUUAAUAAGAUCAUUGAUGCAGGUUUAGUUCACGAUCUCUUUGUCAUGAACGAUGUCAUUUUUUACUCUUCGCGUAUCUUAAACAGAUCUCACGUGUUUGAUUCUGACGAGCCUCCAACACCUUCGGGAGAGUCUUUCAACUCAAAUGCUGAUCAAAACUCGACUGUUGAUCAUGUUUUCAUUUAUGGAGCUGGAUACAAAGACCAAUCUUUGCUACCUUCUCCUACAAUUGCGCCAACUCGUCAUAAAUCCGAUUUGAUGAAUUCGUUCGCCGAAAUGGAUCCAAGCCAAGUCAUUGCCGCACUGCACAACGCAAUAACAAUGCAAAAUCGGGAAGCGGGAUCGAGGUCCGUUUGUAGUCCAGCGCAUCGAUGGAGACAAUGUUGUGCACAUUGUACACAGAUUCUUGUAGCUAGAUUGCUGUUAUUUCUCACACACUGCAAAAAAUUCCGAACGAGAUUAUCAGAUCGACAUCAACUCAGAAGCCUUGUGGUUUUGCUAGAACCAACGCUGGAACCCCAAUUAUUGUGCCUUCUUCUUCAAUGUCUAGCAUUAAUCGCAUUAGAUCCUUACACCCACUCGACGUUGAUUGAUAUUCAAAUUGACGAUGUUUUAAUUCAAAUGCUUCUUCCCGCCGAUGAUUGGUAUUAUACAAAUCAUAGUACCAAGUAUGGAACUUUUGUUAAAUACCACGCCGCUCGAGUUCUCGUAUAUGUAGGAAUGGGCGACCGUGUUGGAAGUAGAGUCAAUCUUUUCGGCUCCUAUGCUUUCGAGCCGAGUACUUCAAAAAACGCUCAGCAAAAUGAAGACGAUUAUAUUUGUGAGACAUGUGCAACUCCACGAAGUAUGAGCACGUUUUCACGUUCCGCAGUUUCCGUUGAAGGAGUUUUACUCAAAGUGCUCGCAGAAGUUGCGGAACUGGUCAAACAGAGCCAACAUUUGUCUGCAAGUGAGCCAAUCACUGAAGAAUCCCCAAGUUGCGGAUCACCUCCAGCUGUAUUACCAAACGACUCCGAGCAAAAGAAGAUUCUUGAGAAGAACAAAGAGCAACUUAGCCAACUGGGUUGCCAAUUUUUAUUGUCACUUGAACAACUUGAAGCUCAUUUGUGCAAACUUGGAUUAGUUUUAGAUUCAAUUCUGCUGCUUAGAUUAUUAUUGCACAAAUUGUCAUGGGACUUAGGCCUUGUUACGAAGAAACGGGUAGCGGUAGUCGAUCACGUCUACAAGCAAAUAACUGAUCCUCGUGCUCACUCUAGUUUGAGCUUAGGAAAUCAAAGAAACUUUGGAAAAUCAAAAUCAUUCGACAGGCGCGACGAUAGUCGAAAAGACAAAAACUACUUGCGAGUCGACCAAGGAUCGAGAGCAUCCAAAAGAGUUCAUAUACGACGAUCUAGUUCUGUUGAAAUAAUAAGGCCAAAACGACUCAGUUCUGGUGCCAAAGAUAUGAAAAACAGAGAGCGUCGAAAAAGACUAGGAACUGAUACAAGCAGUGGUUCAAAUAGAUCGAAAAAAACCAAUUCCUCAUCAUCGUCGGUGCAGAAACAUUUGCCAAAAUAUAUUCAGUCGUUGUUUCGAAGUCGAAUGGGAACCGAUCCAUGCAAGAGGACAUCGAGAAGUGAAUCCACGUUACCACACAGAGAUUCAAAUGAAAGCAAUACAAGUGGAUCUGACGCGGUUUUAGAGUUCACCAGAAAGCUGCAAAAUUAUCCGCUCACCCGGAGAGAAGCCCAACGGUUGACGUACCGCAGUAAUGGACAGCAAGACUCGAACGAUUCGAGAAACGGUCCAAAACAAAUGGGAUAUGUGUAUUUACCGGAACUUGAAAUUCAAGGAGCUAGUCCACCUAGAUCUCCGGGACCGGUGUCCGCUCCUUCACAAGACGAAAGCACUGCCAUGUUGUUAGAUACGAGACGGCCAAGCAGCCCUCAAGCAAUACCAGGCCUUCCACAAAUCGAAAUUCGUCGUCCAUCUGCACUCUCUCAAUUCGAGUUUGGCUAUUUCGUCAAUUCGCCCGAGCUGUCUGGCAGCGAUGUGUCUGACUGCGCUCCCUUGCUACUCAGCGGCCAAAUAGGUGGCAGCCGCAAGAGUUCAGACGAGACAUCUCUUGGUGGAUGGUCAAGUCGAGCUUCAUCAGUAAUGAGUCAACGAUCCUCACGAUCAAGUGUUGGAUUGAGACUUUCUACAUUUUCUGGUGGAACAAGUAUUGCAAGUGACAAUUCGGGUCCCUUCUUGUUCAGUUUUGUUCUUCGGAAAAGAGCAUCCACUAUUGGAACACGAAUUCCAAUUCCUCGUCGCGCUUUAUCACGGUCAUCCGGAGAUAGUCUACGCGUUCCCGAUAGAGAAAGUCCUCUUCAUUUAGUUAGCAUGACCGAAAUGAAUCCGGAUUUUCAAUGUGUUCGACAGCUUAUUUUGAACUUGUUGAAUGUUUAUACAAAACGAAACGAUAACGUUGUCGCAACAAUGAAGGAAUGCGCAGAUGUCUUAAGGCAGAUUUUGAAUUCCCCUCAACAUCCGACAGUCAAAAACUGGUGUGCAGAAAUCAUUCACGUUGUUAGUACUCAUGUGGAAGAAGAAGAGCCAAGCACGGCCGAAAACAAUGAACACAUCAAUGAUGAGUAUUUAGAGUUCCAAGAUCAAGUGAUUUCGGGUUCUUUACCAUGUCCUAAAGAAGAAGCUGCUUACUUGGCUAGUAUUCAACUCUGCGUUGAAGAACAAUGGCCUAGUAAUAAACGAACACAAACCAUCCGGCGGCAUUUGCUCAAAGGACAAUUUGGUCGUAUACGAGAUCUAGCUCAGAAGAUCAUGGUAACCCCAUGGGAAGUUGAUCAAAACUUGUAUUGCACACCGCCAAGGUUCCCGAAUGAAUCAAAUAAUGCUAGCCGAGCACAAUCUGUUGUUGAGGAACUUCAGCAUCGUACGCGAACACCCACGCUUUUCCGAUGCAUCACAAACACCGACGGCUUAAUGUCUGAAGAGAUGCAAGCCCAAUGUUUGCCGGUUGAUUUGCGUGGUGACCGUAGAACUAUAAAAUUGGUCAAGGAACGUAAACGCAAACUGUUUCACAGUCAAGUGUAUGAAAGCGAAAUAGGAAUGAAAAAGUUAUACAUUCAGACAGCGAAGAAGUUAGCUGCUUUCGGCUGCAAAGUAUUUCAAGUGAAAGAGCUAUUGCAUGGACGCACAUUGAGAAAAACACUUCGACUUCUUUGCUUAUCAUCCGCUCAGCUGUGCUUACUCGACGGAAGUACAAAACUCGUCCUCAAACGGCAACACGCUUCAACACUUCAACAGUGGCGACUCGGCGGAGGUGUUAGUAAACAUCAAUUAUUGCUUGAAUUCCGAGGAACUAAAUGGCAACUAAUUGCGCCAUCAUAUAAUGCAUUGAAGUCGAUAUCGAUGACAUUAUGGGAGAUUAUGCAAAACUCUGCUAGCAACACAAUCCAGAAGAGUCUCAACCAGUCAAUGCAUCGGUCUCUGACUGAGGCAACAAUGUCACGAAGCGACGAGCAUCUAAUGACGUCUGUUGUAUCUCGAUUAUUACAUGCACUUGGUAAAUCACAUGAACAGAAUGUUGUGGAAGAGCCGCCCGACCCGAAUAGCCUAUUAGUUUACGUCUGCAAAUUGGCGACGUCUCGGAGCGGUUCAACGUCGUCGGCGCAAUCCGCCACUGCCGGAUUCAUUCUCAAUGAGGAGCCCAUCACGCUGUUUCGUCUUGAGCUUGAACGUCUUCAAUACAUUCUUCAUUUCCCCGAAGAAGUUGCAUUUCAGCUCUCCUCCACGGAGUACCAAUUAUUCUACUCGAUUCAGCCAAUGGAUUAUGUGCGAUAUGUGAGCUGCGAUUUGACCUCGGUUCCAGUAUCUGAGAAUCCCAGUCCUGUUCGAAAUCUUGUAAAAAGAUUGAGCGAAGUUUCGUCAUGGAUAACUCAUGUUAUUGUCAGUCAACCAACCCACGACGAUCGAAAAGUUGCUCUCACUGCAAUUUUGCGAAUUGUCGAGACAUGUUGGAACAUUGGUAACUUUAAUGCGGCUGUCGAAGUAUUGAUGGGUCUAAAAAGCGAGAAAUUGAGACCAUUUUGGCUUUCGCUUCGUCAGGAGGAGAAGUCACAAUUUGAUUCGUUUUGUGAAACAUUGCUUCCGGCAAACCAAGCUUUGCCCUCUCAAGCUUACAUCAAUGCAGUGCAAAGAGGAUUGAGAAUGCCUCAAUCACGUGUUAUUCCAUUCUUCGGAAUUUUUCUUCGUGAUCUUUAUGCUAUUGUUAACGAUUUACCAAAUAUUGUAGUUAUUGGACAUGAGGGCGAAACCCAGAAACUCGAGUUUAUGAACGAUGCAAAUGGGGAAGAUCACUUUGCUUCAAGAAUCGGCGUUGGUGGUCUUCUCAAUGCGGACAAAAUCAACCUUGUGGCAAUUGUACUUGACAAUCUUGAGCUGUUUCAUCGUCAUAGUCGCGCCAUGAUAAAACAAUUGGAAGAAACUUCAGUUCCACCAAAUCAAGCUCCGCCAAAAGACAAAGAAACAAAAGAAAAAGAAGCGAAAGCUUACGAGCCAGUACAACCAGUUCGCGGAUCUUCACAUGGUGUUUCUCUUAUCCCAUUAGAUACUCAAUCAUUUGAUCUCGAUGUAAUUCAACGACUUCAACACGGCACCACAGUUAUUCAAUAUGAGCCAGAUUCCGGAAGGAGCACAUUAUGUCUGCUUAGACUUGAUUCAAGUUGUGGACAAAUUAAUUGGCAUAAAAUUUCUUACUCGGUUAACAAAGAUCCGAAAGAAAAAGACGUUCUCGCAAAGGUUUCCGUUACAAAUCUUCAAGCUGGUGACUCUGGAAGAGGCGCUCCAUCGCCCAUGCCAUCUGCUAGACCGCAAGGUGUUGGGAAUGGAGGAGUGGAAGAAGGGGAACUUCGCUUAUCAUCGGUUAAAGCUGUUGAAGCUGUGGAUAGCUAUGAUAUUGAUAUCGAAGCCAUCUACCGACGACAUUCUGCCGAAGAGAUGUCUGUUCCGGUUUGCUGCUGGAAAGUCAGCUACGGGCAACUCCUGUCGGAUAAUGAGUUUAUCUAUUUUUUGGCACCUCAACAAAUUGCACACUUUUGGUCCAAUGGACUCCAAGCGGUGGUCAAAAGUCUACAAAUGCAACAAAAAUAUCCGGAUCGGCGUAUGCUAUGGAUUAAGAAUGUGUACCUCACUCUAUAUGAAAUGACCAAUGAACCGAACUGCGGACCGCGACCAUUUGAAGCAUUGCAAGCAUUUGGUCUCAGCCAAACGAACAGUAAUGCCACACGACAAAAUGAUUCCUCAUUGUCAAGUGAACCCGGUGGCGCAAAAAGCCGGCUGAAGAACUUAAAAAAUGCAAUGCAGAAAAAGCUUCGAGGAGCAUCACGUGAAGGAAGCCGAUCGCAGAGUCCUCAGCCACAUUCCCCAUUGGUUCGUCCUCCAUCAAUCAAAUCUCAAAUCUCAUCACAGUCUGGUCCACCUGGUCCUAAUUCACCCGGUUACCUUCUUAAACCUCGCGGCGAGCCAGCCAGCAGCGAUGCUGGGGAUCUAGACAGCAUUUACACUCCACGAUCCAGGACGCCAACAAGCAGCUCUUAUGGAGGAAGAAGUGUCGGAGGAAGAUCGACCAAGUCUUGGAGAUCUCGUGGUGGUGAAACUCCGAAUUCUGGAUCUAUCAGUAGUUCGGGACAGAUGUCCAUCCAAGUAUCAGGGCUCAGUGGUCCUUCGGGAAAGGAGUUCCAGGAAAAACCACUGACAUUGGUAGAAUUUGCUGAAUUGUUCCGAUUGUUCAAUACAAGAAUGAGAAAAGAUUUGAGAGAUGUCUUCAACGAUGUGCUUUCGACUGCAACAAUUCCCUCGCACUGUCCAAAACGUGAGCGUGAUCGACAUAGUCCCCGACAGCAAUCUCGUCUUGCCAGCGUAUCCAAUUCGUGUAAUUCGGAUUUCUUGCCGAAUGAUUUCUUGACACGCAAUACUUCUGUUGCAUCGCAUCAUAUCAGCGAAAAACAGAGCAAAAUCUAUAAUGCUCUUGCAUUGGCUAGUGUCAACAGCAUGGGUGGUCUUAUGGACACAUCUCGUUCAUCAAUGCUGACCCCUCAAAUGCUGCGAGCGUUUGUCAACACUCACCAGAUGGAGAUGAUCGAUGAAGCCUACGCUAUCAAACUGAUUCAGGAGCAUGAGCCUGACCCGAUGUGUCGCCAAAAAAACCAAAUGAGUUUUGAAGGAUUCGCAAGGUUUCUUUGUGAUCCUAUCAACUUCGCAUUUGUCCCGGAGACAAUUGAACCGGAGGAAGAACAUCUCAAAUAUCCGCUAUCGCACUAUUACAUUAAUUCAAGCCAUAAUACAUACUUGACGGGACAUCAGUUGAAAGGACCAAGCAGUGCAGAAAUGUAUCGGCAGGUUCUUCUCACCGGAUGUCGAUGCGUCGAACUAGAUUGCUGGGAUGGCGACGAUGGGCUACCUCUGAUUUAUCAUGGUCACACUCUUGUUAGUAAAAUUGGCUUCAGACAGGUCGUAGAAAUUAUUAAAAAAUCGGCAUUUGUCACUUCCGACCUGCCAGUAAUACUUUCAAUUGAGAAUCAUUGCUCGCUUCAACAACAGGCAAAGAUGGCGCAAAUGUUCAAAACGGUGCUCGGAGAGCUGCUCGUUUCCAAUUUCCUAUUUGAAGCCGACUUCUCUGAUAGCCCGAGACUACCAUCUCCAUUGCAGCUGCGGAAUAAAAUUCUCAUUAAAAACAAAAAGAUGAUUGUCGAGCCGCCAACUCCUUUGCCAAUUCUUGACCGAUCGAUUGUAAGGGGAGAAAUGACAAUGACACUACACCGAAAGCAAAGCAAAAAUUCUUACGAAAGCAGUACUGUUGAUGAGGUCGAAGACGAUGAACUUGAUGAGCUUUUUGACGACGAGGAAAAUGAAGAUGACGAUGCUGAAGAUAUUACGAAGAAUUGCGAUGAUAGUCCAAAAGCAUCGAAACGAGUUGGAAAAACGGCCAACCUCAAGCAGCAGUACUCAAUUUUGAGUGACCAAAGUGUGGAACAGGCUAAACCGUCAACAACCAAGCAAUUAGUUAACGAUGCGAAAACUGAUGAGGAAGCUCUUUAUGCACAAAUGGCUCAGAACGCACUGAUCCGAAACCAUCAGCAACCUCGAAAAAACAACACAGGCGUUCAAAUUGCGCCUGAACUCUCUGAUAUUGUCAUUUACAUGCAAGCCACGAAAUUCAAAGGGUUCCCGACUGUUGAUGGAAUCAUCUCUCCAAGAAUAAUGAUCGACGAACAGCCAUCGUCGGCGAGCUUGUCGUUUUCAUCUCGCGCACGAACCCCUUCGAAUCUUCUCAAUACUCCAACGCCACCAAGAAGGCAGAGAAGCAGUACUCAGCUGAGUGAAGGGCUUCAUGGCGACUAUGUCUCAAGUGGACGGCCAAAUGCAACAGCAACAUGCUAUCAAGUGACUUCACUAAACGAAAAUGCUGCCAAAAAACUGAUGAAACGUCAUCCAGCCAAGUGUAUUUCAUACACUCGAGAUCACCUUAUUCGAACAUAUCCAAGUGCGAAGCAUUAUGAUUCUUCCAAUUUUAAUCCCAUUAAUUGUUGGGCUCAUGGAAUGCAGAUGGUGGCGUUGAAUUUUCAAACACCUGACGUGAUAAUGGCUGUGAAUCAGGCGAUGUUCGAACAAUCUGGAAAUUGUGGAUACCAACUGAAACCAAGAUGUUUGUGGGACGAAACUCAUUUACUUUACAAUAAAUUUCAUCCACUUUCCAAAGAUAUUGGGUGCCAUUCAGCUCUUCUAUUAAAUUUAACGAUUAUCUCUGGUCAACACGUGUAUCCUAAUACUCAUUAUGCGAGUUUGUACGUCGAAGUUGAAGUUAUUGGAGUGCCGAAUGACUGCGUUCGGGAAAAAUCGAAAGUCGUUCAACGAAAUUCUGUGAAUCCUAUAUGGAAUCACACUACACAACUACGAAUCGCUUGUGUUGAUCUCGCAUUUUUGCGUAUUGCUGUUUGUGAUAGUGGCCAGAAUGGAAGAGUGGUUGCUCAUCGAGUGGUGCCUGUCAGAUGCAUUCGUCCAGGUUUUCGUCAUCUCCCUUUGAGAACUCCAACAAAUCUCCCAAUUGACAAUGCCAUGAUCUUCAUAAGGACUAGAUUUGAACAAGAGGAACAUAUUUAUUUGCAUGACGAGGAUUCGACAACAUAUUGCAACUUGGAGCAUUCUUUGGCUUAUCGUACUGAUAUGACGCCGAAUCUCUCGCCGACGCCGAUUUUGAAAAAACAGAUAUUUGUUCUACGUAUCACGGGUGCAUUUGCUGAUGAAACAGCAAUUACUGUUCAUAGCGAGUCUGGUAGUACUGUGAAAACCGUGAUGCAGCAAGCAUUAGUGAACGCUGGAAAGAAUGCUGAUCAGGUUGAGGAGUAUGUGCUUAUCGAAGAGGCCAUGCCGUCUGCUCCAGGAGAAGAUUCAAUUGAUCAAAGGGUUCUUCCAUUGAAUGAACCAAUAAUGGACGCCGUCGCCUGCUGGAAUGGUUCAUUGCGACGAUUCGUGCUGCGCAAAAAAGGCAGUGAUCCGUCGUCAAGAGCUUGGAUCACAUCGAUCAUCAAAUCUGGCACCAGCGGAAGUUCCACUUCCGUUUCGCCAUCGCCUCUGACCAAAGACGGUCAUGUGAAAAGUGCUUCUAGCAAUCAACUCCAUGGACGAUCUUUGGACACUGAUGCAAUUGGCGAACACCACCUUGAAGUCGCUGAAGGAAAGUGGUUGAAUCCACGAGCUAAAUCGAUGGGGGAUACCUUCCUUGUCUGCGUUCACAAUGUUAGUGAAGACCAGCCAUAUGCUAUUCUACGAGCCAGUAUAAAUAGCACAGCGUCUGAUAUUAUUCGACAGGUAUUUGUUAAAGCUCGUCGCCCAAAUAUCGAUGACGCCGAGUACGUACUAGUAGAGGAGACGUGUGACGAUUCAAAAAGUACACAAGGCGCAAGUAUGCUUCAAGCUCUGACUUUGGCCCGGAAGCGAAGCAAUGACCUGACUACAAAAUCAGCAAGCAGCCGAACUAUUAGUCGUGUACUUGGACCAAAUGAAAAUGUGUGGAAAGCGCAGUCUCGUUGGAAGACCAUGGGCCGAUUUGUGCUUGAGAAUCGCAAAGACACUGUUCACGCGACUCUCGAAAUAGAAUUUCUUGAAGUUGCGAAAAAUCUGCGAGAAAGUGUGUCCAAAACACAAGAAGUCUAUUAUAUGAUACAUUAUGCCGGGUUGCCGUUUGAGGACAUUUAG